AUGCAAGACCCAAUCAAUUCCCACGAGGAAAUCCAGAAAGCAAAACCUAUCUUCAAUCUCCGCCAAUGGCAAUCCUCCACGUGGAUAGAGAAUGGCACACCUCAGCUGAUCAUCUUCUUCGUAUCGUACCGAUCCUCGAUGAACACUAAACGGCGCCACACAGCACGCAAAUUGAAAGCCAAAAGGCCCAAAUUCCUCAGCCUCCGCCUCCAAUUCCCGGCGGAUGAGGCCAAACAGAUCGAAGUACCCGCGAAGGCGGAUGCGACCUCCGACCAACUCACACUCUUCCCGCUCCAGCCAGAAAAUCAAGCAGAAGAGAGAGAAAACAACGACCACGAGAACGUCGCCUUCUUCUUCUCCGCCGCGGACGGCGGUGCCUCCACCCUCACCGGCCUUCUCGACGCUUCCACCGCCGCUGAGUCCAUUUCCUCUCACACUAACAACAAUAGCUCCAGGCUUGAUUAUUUGCCACCGCGAUCUCCGGCCUCUCUGACGCAGGCGUACGGCGAGGAGAGGGCGGCGCUCGAGCGGAACGCGCUGAGGAUCAGAGAUCGGGACUCGAGCGAGGAGAAGUGGGUGUGCUACUCGGAGGUUGUGAAGGAGGAAGAGGUGACUAGCUCCGCCGUGGAUCCGCGGCGGCCAGCAGCGAUCCGGCGGAUGUCGUUGAAGCUGGAUUACGAGGAGAUCAUGAACGCGUGGUCCAACAAAGGCCCGUUGUAUAUCGACGCAGCGGAUAAUUCUCAGAUCGUCCCUGACAUUGCCCAUCAUUUUCUCUCGCAGGAGCCGUCCAAUUAUAGCGGAUUAAACUCGGGAUGUAAUGGGGGAUCGUGGAUAGUACCCCAAAUCACGGGAGACAUUGAGAAAGGCGAGAUGAUGAAAAUGAGAUGUAACGAUGAUCAUGAGCUGAAGAUGGGACAGAGAGAGGCAAGUGUGCUGAGGUACAAGGAGAAAAGGCGAAAUAGGCUCUUUUCGAAAAAGAUACGCUAUCAAGUUAGAAAGCUCAACGCUGAAAAACGCCCUCGACUUAAGGGUCGAUUUGUGAAGAGAAGUUGA